AUGUCUCCUACAGUCCGCUGUGCCCCCGGUGAUUUACGCACAUCCAGAGACUCGGCCGCGCGCAGCAGGUUUUCUCCGACGCUCCGCAGCCCCGCAGAUGAAGCUGGUGACGCUGCAGAAACCUCUUUUCUCCACAAACUACCGUCAGUCUUCGGAGGAGCAGCGACCUCCAAACCCCCGCAGCACAGAACCAGACAGCGGGGCAGGCGCAGGGUGAAGGCCAACGACAGGGAGCGUAGCCGCAUGCACAACCUGAACUCGGCCCUGGACGCGCUGAGGAGCAUCUUACCGGCGCUGCCCGAAGACGCCAAGCUGACCAAGAUCGAGACUCUGCGGUUUGCGCACAACUACAUCUGGGCCCUGACCGAGACCCUGCGCAUGGCGGACCAGCACGGGCACACGGCGGGCUACCUGCCGGUGGUGUCGGAGCUCCGGAGCCCGUCCAGCGUCCUGUCCGCAGACUCCGGCUACACGGGCUUGGAUGAGUUUGACACAAGAGGCUCUUACACAUCAGUCAAUGAGAGGAACUGUAGAAUCUUUGGAACAGUAACUGGAUAA